AUGCCCACGAAAAGAGUCCGUGAGAGCGAGCGGCGUAGAUGCGUCAAGGCCUGCGGGAAUUGCAAGCGGCGCAAGGAACGCUGCGAUGGACAACAACCCUGUCGGAGGUGCGUAAUCCGCAGAGUCGAAGUCGACUGCACCUUCAUCGGCCCGCGGACGAACUUUGCCGCUGCGGAGGGCUCGUCGUCAUCCGUGAGAAGUCCUGGUGGCCAUCAGGUUUCCGUUCCUCCUCAUCACCAAAGAAGCCCGUCCGGCGGUCAGGACCACCUCUUCAGCUCAUAUGAACCGCCCGCCUCCUUUCACGGAGCCGUCAUUUCACCAAAUUACCAGCAGCAGCCGCAUAGGCGCGCGUCGUCGUCCAUCAGCCACCUCUCGCAGAGCACUGCGGUACCACAGAUAUCGCGACUCAUCGCAGAUGGCAAGGGCCGGUUCAUGUUCAUUGGCGAUGCAGCCAAUUUGGCAUUCCUGAAAGUGAUCCGUCGACUUGUACGCGAACGCAUCGGCUUGUGUCCCUUCACCGAUGAUCCUUUGCGCCACGUCAUGGUCGAGGCGACUCCUGAAGGUCGCCCGAAAUGGAUCAUCACGAACCCCGCCGAUAUCCCCUCAAAACCUAGCAAUGAACAAGCAAGAUAUCUUUUACGGUGGUAUCUACGCGCGACGAAUUGCAUUCUCGAAGUUUUUAAUGAGUCUGAAAUCUCAAAGGACCUUGAACAUUGGCUGCGUGGAGAGCCGACAAGCCAAGAUGAGGAAGUCAUGAAUUGCAUCUUCUUUCUGAUAUUCGGCAUCGGAGCACAACGGUGCCCAGAUGAUCGGGACGCUGAUGCUGAGAAGUAUUUCGACUAUGGUCGAUUUUUGGCAGUAUCCUAUGCAAUGGAGAAUCCAACAAACAACACGGUGCGCAGCUACCUACUCAUCACCGUCUACCUUCUCGGCGCAUCGAGACGCAACUCAGCCUUCAUGCACCUGGGCGUUGCUGUCCGUGCCGCCUACGCACUAGGGAUUCACAGGCGAGACGUGCCAGCACUAUUUUCGACGCAAGAGCAAGACACCCGGGAUCGACUGUGGAAAGCUCUUCGGGUUCUGGAUCUGUUCUUAGCCGCCUCGCUAGGUCGCCCGUUGGCAACAUCUGAGACCCGGGAUACAGCGGCGAGCGAGAACUACUCGGCUUCACUGGAUCUUUGUGCCAUCUUUGAGUCCAUCUUGAACGAUGUCUACGCCAAGCGUAUGGUCUCGACAGAAAAGCUCGAGCGCAUCAGCGAGCAGCAUCGUCGAUGGGCCGCGAGGUUCAGUGAUGGUCUCGCAGCUGACAGUAUGAAGCCCAGCAAGUAUGUCGACGCCGACGAUGGUGAGAGGUAUCCAAACAUUGGGCUUUACCACAUGAAAGAGGCAUACUACUGGAGUAUCAUGCUUCUAUCACGGCCUUUUCUCAUCGACUUUGUCUCCAGAAACAUUGCCCGCUCCCGGACGGUGCCAAUGUGGACAGAGGAAACUCCAACAACAUCGCCAUCUGAUCAACUAUUGGUGCACGCUUGCGUAGACUCUGCGAUACGAACCAUUGACCUCCUAUCGACACUGAUAGAGGAUAAGAACGUUGCGAAACGACACCCCUUUGUUAUCAACUCCGUCUUUGUCUCCGCACUAGUCCUUGGCCUAGCUGUCUUUGGGGAUCUGGACAGCACGUUCCCGUUAGACCACGGCUUAAAAGAUGCGCAAGCGCUUUUGAAAAAAUUUAGCAAACACGAUCCCGUCGCGAGCAGAGAGCUGUCCAUUGUCGAGCAUCUCCAGAGCGCUUGUGUCCUGUACCGAGAGCGGAGAGCCCGUCGGAAAAUGGAGUGUCAGGGGGUGCUCAUCGGCGAGCUCUUUGGGAGCGUCCACGAGGGCGGUCCGCUGUCAGCGGAGGCGUCGAAGCUUGGCUCGAGUGCUGUUCACCGUGAUAUUCGGUACUUUGGUAACCAUCGGCAUUUGAGCACGUCGGAAGCCGGGGAGAUUAAUAGCCUGGAUCAAAGUUUAUCACUUACCACGGGGAGCCAUGAUGGGCCGCAGGUUAUGGGCAGCGAGACUGGCCGGGGCUCGAAUGUGAUCCAGGAACUCACGCCGUCGACUGAUAUCCUGCUUCCGAUGUCGCCAAGAACGCUGCUGUUUGAUUCUUAUGGGCAAGAUAUGCCUUUCUUUCCGACCAUGGAUGCCAGCAUGGCCCACUUGGGAUACACGGAUGAGAUGAUGCUGGCUGGUGCUGGGUCUCUGAUGGAGCCCCCAUGUUAG